UUAAAAGUCUGAAGUUGAUCUGAAAAGUGGCUUAACAAUUAAUUGUAAAAAUGUUCAACAUCGAAAUUUUAGACAGCGAACUUACAAAAAAUCUUGAAAAUCCUUUCUUGAAUGAUUAUGUAAAAAUUUCACCAAAAGAUGAUCCAAAAAAGUUUUGUGUAAUGUCGCAACAUUUUGUGGAUAAUUACAUGGAAAAAAUUAAAAAAAUGGAAAUUUUCGAGGAUGACAUUUGGGUCAUAACAUUCCCGAAAUGUGGCACAACAUGGACUCAGGAAAUGGUUUGGAUGAUUGGAAAUAAUCUUGACUAUGACACGUCAAUGAAAAUUCUACUUGAUGAUAAGUUUCCAUUUUUGGAAUGCAGUGGUAUUGCGAAGGAAUUUCCAUUUAAUACUUUUGAACUAGCUAAAAAUAAGCCACGUCCACGUUACAUCAAGUCACAUUUGCCAAUUUUUCUAUUGCCUGAUCAGUUGUGGACUGUUAAACCUAAAAUAAUUUACGUCACUAGAAAUCCAAAAGAUGCUGCUGUAUCAUGGUUUUAUCAUCAUCGGAAUUUGGGCAUGUAUGAAGGAGCAAAAACUGAUUUUAUUAAAGCAUUUGUAAAGGAUUUAACUUUAUUUUCACCUAUGAAUGAUCAUGUCAUUGACUUUUGGAAUAUUCGAUUCCAACCAAACAUUUUGUUCCUAUUUUUUGAGGACAUGAAAAGAAAUUUAAGUCAGGAAGUGAAAAAAGUCAUGAAAUUUAUGGAAAAAGAUUAUUUACAAGAUGAAAUAGACAAGCUUUGUGUUCAUUUGUCAUUCGAUUCCAUCCAAAAAAAUAAAAUGAUAAACAAAGAAGAAAUUAUUGAGCAAAUGUCAUCAAUGACUGGUAAAGAAUACAAUCCACAAAAAUUCUCGUUCAUCAGAAAAGGAAAAGUUGGAGGAUAUAAGCAGGAACUAGCCCCAGAAGAGAAUGAAAUGUUGGAUGAAUACAUUAAGAAGGCUGAAUAUGAUAUUGAAUAUAAAUUUUGAUGAUAAUAAAAUUUUGGAAUC